CGCAAUGAAUUUGACAGCCAGCUGACUCACAAGAAGUGUUAUAUGGAGUUUGGUGAUCGGUGCUUCAGAUGGAGAGAGAUGUAAGCAGGACAUUCUCCUCAUCAAAGGUCAUCAAUGAUCAAGGCUGCAGAUGGAUGAGGGGGCAAUCUCCAUGGUUACAACACUGAAUUUAUCCCUGCAAGAUAAUCCGUGGUGCUCCACAAAUCCUGUGUUAGACAGUUUGGCUUUUCAGCUGAUGAGUUGGCUGUUGUUUGAAACUUUGUUUUGUUGAUGUACAACAGCUUUCGACACUUAGUUCAGUACAAAAUACUGAAAUGUGCAUUUUAGGGCCACUAUGCCUGCUAUUAAAAGGCUUUGUGUGAAAAGACAUAUAUGUCUAUAUAUUUCUUGUAUAUUUCAUAGUGUGAAAGCAUGCAUUUUUAUAUGAAACAUUUUCAAUAGAGAUAUCUAUUUUUAAACGGUAACCAUAGUCUUUCAUUGACUUUAGUGUGUAUUGGAAUGUCAAGACAAGGUAUAAUCGUGUGGUGAGGUCGUGUUUUGCUGUCAGACCGACCUGGUUUGUCGUGGAUUCCUGUGUUGUUGUGUAUCAAGAUUCAGCUGAUGUCAAGACAUGAAGUCAGUUGCAAGACUUAAUGUGAUAUCUGAACAAGCCAAUGGAAACGUAACAAGAAGAUUUUGAGGACCGAUCAACAGAGGACAAUGUCCUUCCCAGACAAAUCCCUCGUCCUCUGUGAUCUCCCUCACACCGUCCUCCUUCACAUCUUCUCCUUCCUUGAGAUCCAGGACAUCAUCAACACUGUCCGACAGACUUGUAAACUGUGGUAUGAGCUCAGCUACGAUCGCUACCUCUGGAAACACCUUGACCUUGACCAUAUCGGAGAUCACCUGACGGAUCAGUCGUUCCUCGCUCUGCUGGAGAGUGUUGCUCAUCAUGUUGAGAAGCUGGACUUUGGCAUGGCUGUUCAUCUCACUGAUGUCUCCUUCAUUCACAAGAACAUAUCGUGUCCUCAAAUCAAAUCGAUCAACUUCAGUUUGACUACAGUCAGUAAUGGAAGUGUUGCAUAUCUGGUUGAGAAAUAUCCCAAUCUUGAAGGAAUUGAGAUUAAUGACUGCAGCUAUAUUAAUAUCUACAACUGUCUGGCUUACCUGUCAACGUUGAAGAAACUCAAGUCAGUGUCCUUUGAUGAUUUCGGUUGUUCAGCUGAGCCGGAAAGGUUGAAUAGAAAGCUGAAGGAGCUGUUUGUCUCAUGUCCACGUCUGGAGAAGAUUGUCAUAGAUUCAGAAGAACUGUCUGAUGAUGCUCUUGCAAGCUUGUUUGAAAACUGCCCGAAUAUUAAAAGUUUUGUUUUAGCUCAUUGUCAGUAUAUCUCUCAGGACGCUUUCAUUGGCAUUAGAGGCACUGCCACAAAUCUGGUCAGUGUUGGUCUUGCACAUACUCCAAUUGAGGACAAGGUGCUGAAGGUCAUUGCAGAGAGUUCCCCAUACAUGAAAGAGCUGGAUAUUACAGGAUGCAUCCACAUCACUGAUAUCGGUGUGGGACAUGUAGCGGACAAUUGCCCAAAUCUGGAGAAACUUAUCGGGAAUCGAUUACAUCAUGAAGGAGGCUGUAAUAUUACUAAUGUCGGACUGAGUUCAAUUGCAAGUGGAUGUCCCAAACUAAAGAUCUUGGACGUCAACUUCUGUGAUGGUGUGACUGACAUUGGAAUCACUGCAGUAGCGGAAAAUUGCCCACAAUUGACUGAGAUUGGGUUAUCAGGAUGUGGAGGGAUUACGGACCUGUCUGUGAUGGCUUUAGCUGAACACUGUCAAUGGCUGUAUCAUGUCAACCUCACCGAGUGCAUCCAUGUGACUUCCAAGAGUAUCAUUCUCCUUCUAGCCAAGUGUCGAUGGCUCAGUAAUCUUUCCCUGGAGACCUGCCAUUACCUUGCAAAGAUAAAUCUAGAUGCUUACCUUGGGACAGGUAUCAGUACAAAUAAAAAAGAACAGGAACCCAAAACAAUAACAGAUGAUCCAACAGAAAACAGAGCUCCCAGAGCUCCUGAAGAAUCUUCUUUGGUAUCAGUUUCUAAAACAAGUGCUGUUGUAACUGUCUCAUCUCAUCCAGAUGAAGACAAGAAUCUUGGCGCAGCAGCAGCAGCAGGGACUGAUUGUAAUCCAAGUCAGAAACGUGUCACUCAGUCUGAGGAUGUUAAGAGUCCUACAGGAGUACAGACCUUCAGUACAAUUGGAUCCAGCUUGUGUAUGGAUCUUAAUGGUGACAGUGGUUUGCCUGUAGUUGUACUGCCAAAGUCCAUAGUGAUAGACAAAGGAACAGGAAUGUCUGCCUGCUGUGUGUCAGAGUGUUCGUCACCAUCAGACACAGAUCCUCCAAAACCGACAACACCAGAAGAAGAUGCUUCCCAAUUAUCAGAAGUUGCCUACGUAAACAGAUUCUUCCCUCAUCCUAACCAUUCCCAUCUGACAAGCAUUCACCUCAGCUUCUGCUCCAAGAUUGCUAAUGACUCUGUCAAACAGUUGGCAAAACACUGUCCAGAUCUGAUGUAUGUGUCUCUCAGGGGCUGUUUCCUGAUCACAGAUACUGCUGUGGAGGUUCUUGUAAGGUCUUGCCAUAACCUCCACUUUUUGGACAUCUCUGGUGGUUCAGCCAUCCAGUCUAUGAGGCUUACAAAUGGAUCACUGAUUGCUAUUGCAAACUACAGCAAAUCUUUGAAGAGCCUGAUGAUCUGUCGGAACAAACUCAUCACCCUGGACGGCCUUCAGCGGAUCCUCCGUGACUGCAAGCCUCUGAUCGGGGUGUGGGUUAGUGUUGGGGAUCAGCUGAGGAUCACCUUCAGUGGGGUGCUGGAGCUGGUGAAAGACAUUGAGGACAGGUAUGUGAAAAUCACUAACACCUCCCAAGUUGAGGCUAAUGGUAAGCAGGGCAACCUCUGCAUCUCGCUCAUCCCCAAGAAGACUCCUCACAUCCGACUCCUCCAGGUAUGACAAGCUCCUACUUAGCUGAAACUCCAUAUUUUCAGCACCAAAUUCUCUUUCAUUGAAAUUAUUUGUUAUCAGAAAGACCAAUUAAAAGUUUUGUUUUUCAUUUUUUUAAUGAAAUAGGGAAAAUUUAAAUAAAUAUAUGACCAUUUGAGACUAAAUGUGUUCAUUGUGCCUUUUUUCUGUGUGAUUCUCAUCUUUUUCAAGUCCAUUUUUGGUAAAAAAACGUUGUCCAUUUGUUAAGGUGAAAUCUUUGUAUGGAAUGAGUUGAAGAGACAAAAAAGUUGUCAAUAAGUGCCUGUAAAGGUUUUUUUAAGUCUAAUUAAGCUGAGUCUGUUGUCACUCAAAUCUAUUGAAAAUAAUGUCAAGUGUGAGUUCUGGGUUGAGAAAAUUUGACACAGCGCAAACGGAACAACUGAACCAUUUUGAAUUGUGUUAGUUAAGACAUGGCAGUCAACAGAACUGACAAAGAAAUGACAGAAACAGCUUUGAAGGAUCGUACAUUCAAGCAUUUUUGUGUUUAAGGGUACAAACUAUUUGUUCUAUCUUUUCAUUUGGUAAUACUUGUUUUAAGGGUGUUUCUCUUAAGAUUCUUUGUGUUCAAACUUGAUUUUCAAGAAUCUUUUAACGCAAACAUUUUGGUUGCAAGGAUAAUUUGACGAGUUGUUUUCUUAGGCCAGACCAAUUUUGUUUCUUGUUUUAAGGUUUUUGUCCUCAGAAAAUCUAAAGGCUGGAUGGAAAAAAAAUAUAAAUAAA